GUGAACGUCACUUCCGGCCUGACUGAGGGCUGAUCCCGAGAAGUUUCUGCGUGGAGAUCCUGGGUUGCCCGGACGUGCGUGACCAUGUGGCGGCAGUUGCCUCGCGCCAGUGCGCCACUCUUGCGGGUGUCCCUGUCAGGUUCCUGGACAGCCCCGCCGGCCAGUGCUGGCUUAAAGACGCUGCUCCCCGUGCCAUCUUUUGAAGAUGUUUCCAUUCCUGAAAAGCCCAAGCUUAGAUUUGUUGAAAGGGCACCACUUGUGCCAAAAGUGAAAAGAGAACCUAGAAACUUGAGUGACAUUCGGGGACCUUCCACUAAAGCCACUGAAUUUACAGAAGGCAAUUUUGCAAUCUUGGCACUCGGCGGUGGUUACCUCCAUUGGGGCCAUUUUGAAAUGAUGCGCCUGACAAUCAACCGCUCUAUGGACCCCAAGAACAUGUUUGCUAUUUGGCGGAUACCAGCCCCUUUCAAGCCCAUCACCCGCAAGGGUAUCGGGCAGCGCAUGGGGGGUGGCAAAGGUGCCAUUGAUCACUAUGUGACACCCGUGAAGACUGGAUGCCUCAUAGUAGAAAUGGGUGGGCGUUGUGAAUUCAAAGAGGUACAAGGUUUCCUCAACCAGGUUGCCCACAAGUUGCCUUUCCCAGCAAAGGCCGUGAGCCGUGAGACUCUAGAGAAAAUGCGGAAAGAUCAAGAGGAAAGAGAACGUAACAACCAAAACCCCUGGACCUUUGAACGCAUAGCCACUGCCAACAUGUUGGGGAUACGGAAGGUACUGAGCCCAUAUGAUUUGACCCAGAAGGGGCGAUACUGGGGCAAGUUUUUUCUGCCUGGGCGAGUGUAGUGAGUGUGAGAAACAGCUGUUGAGUGAGGGGAAGAAUCUGCAUUUUAAUCCCCAUCAGCUUACCUUUAAAAGCUUUGGGUAGUCCUUGUCAUAACUAAAGAGCAGCAUAUGAGAAGGUGGUUUUGGGGGGAAAAAUGUAAUUAUCUGUAGUUUUUUUUUUAAAGUACUUUAUCUGAAUAUUAAAGUUUGAGCAAUAACUCAGGAAAUAACUUCUCAUUGGUCACUCUUAGUGCCUCAGGUGGUUCAGGCAGGCUUGACUGUUAGGAGCUCCGAUUCUUCAGGUAUGAGUGUCUACAGGCUGAAAGUAAAUGUUUGCAUCUUCCACCUCUGAUGAAAGUCAGACAUAAUGUCUAUACUGCCUUUUGUAUGUACAAUCUCAGGAGCUUGUUUCUGACAUUUUAUUAGUUGCAAACACAAACUCAGUAAUGUUUUUGGAAUAACAAAGAAGAAACGACAGUAAGUAGGUUAACCGAUUCAACAUAUUUAUUGAUGCCCAGCUAUCCAUCUUCUCACAAUCUUGAAGUGAGGGAUGUUGGACAACAUUCUUUACCUUUUAACAAAAAGAACUAAUAAAAAGAAGAAUUGAAAUUGUG